CAGGGGAGUACUGGUUAUGCGGGGUAGGUCCUGAGAUGACCCCUCCAUCGCCGACUUGGGCAAUGUUCACAACGGCAUUGGCAAGAGGAUGAGAGCUAAAUGCGAGUGCUUGACUCGCUUGAUAUACAACAAAAAACUGCAAGGCACCGUAGCACAAUUGGGUUUGCAACAGCCAAAAAUUGUUUGUUGUUGAGCGCGUCGCAGGAAAAUGGCGGAGGAAGAGAGAGCAAGAAACUUCGACGUUCAAAUUCCUUGUCGGAAAGAUCGGCAAUCGGCAGCUUCAAUGCAAAUCAUGGGGCGCACCAGGGGUCUUCCGAGCAGUACAACUACUAUAGGUACUGUAGAACAAUGAUGUCAUCCUUGGCACCCCGCACAUGGGCCCGAACUUCGAAUAUUCCGCAGGAUAGGAAACGAAGUGAGGUCUCGGUCAGAUGCUUCUAUAAACUACAACUACAUCUAACUGGGAGGGCGCCCCAAUGUACGUACCAUAUCUAUCCGCGGAAUUUACUAUGGUUGGUCAGGAGUCGCAGUACAGUAGAGCUACAGAGGUUACGAGGCUGGUAUAUGCCUAGCGUCACGUGACGGCUAGCUGCUACACAUACAGUGUACGCUGGUGGGGCUUGCGACCUGGACCCCAGGACUUGAUCAGUCACGCCGAAUUUUGAGCUUCCGCGACAACACGGCUACUCGACCCUUUGGCUCACGCACAUUGUCUUAUCACGCAGCUAUUG